AAAAGGCACAAAGCGUGCCUCGUCUCCAGAGAGGCUCAGCGCGUCGCUGCGACUUGGACACGGGGGAUUUUUUUUCUUCUUUUUCUUCUCCUGCUUCUUCUUCUUCUUGGGUGACGGACUCGUGCAGCCGCUGCUGAGGAGCAAGAGGCAAAGGAGCGCAGGAGUUUUAUCCCAAGUUCACUGCAGCAGGUCGUUGUGACAGCGUCCUUGUUCUCAGGGGGGCCGGGGGCGGGGGGGAAACAUCCCUGGGGACACUGAUAUCCUCACACACACAUUCUCAAUCGCACACACCUGGAGCCACCAUGCAGGAGUCGGAGCCCACGGUGUGCCAGCUGCAGCCCAACAUCAUCUCGGUGCGCCUUUUCAAGAGGAAGGUCGGCGGUCUGGGCUUCCUGGUGAAGCAGAGGGUCUCCAAGCCGCCCGUCAUCGUGUCCGACCUCAUCCGCGGCGGCGCGGCCGAGGAGUGCGGCCUGGUGCAGGUGGGCGACAUUGUCCUGGCGGUCAACAACAAGCCCCUGGUGGAGCUGUCCUACGAGCGGGCCCUGGAGACGCUGAAGAACGUGUCGCCCGAGAGCCACGCCGUGCUGAUCCUGCGCGGCCCCGAGGGCUUCACCACCCACCUGGAGACCACCCUGUCCGCGGACGGCCGCCAACGCACGGUCAGGGUCACGCGUCCCACCAUCCCACCUUCCAAGUCCUACGAGCACUGCUCGCCCUUCAGCCCAUUCAGCCCCGGGCAGCAGCAGCAGGUCAACAAGGAGCCCCAGCUGAGGGCCAUCGAGAACCUGUCCUCCCCGUCCAUCACCCAGUCCCUCCUGCAGAAGGCGGGCGUGCAGGCCCAGGACCCGCUGGCCAUGAGGGACGGCGGCCGCGGGGGCCUCCUGUGCAACGGCCUGGAGGAGAACAACGAGCUGCUGAGGGAGAUCGAACCCGUGCUCCGCCUCAUCAAAAACAGCAAGAAGGAGAUCAACGGCGAAGGCCAGAGGAACGCGGCGAGAAGAGACGCCGAGAUCCAAGUGGCCUGGGACCUUGGCGUGGGAAAUGGCACGUCUCCUCAGCUGGCGUCCGAUAACAACAGAAUGCCGGAGAACAUGCCGGUGGAGCUCCACAACGCUGACCAGCCGCCGGCUCAGGGCAGGACUUCGCCCACCAAGUCGCUGCAGAACGGCAGCCCCUCCAAAUGCCCCCGCUUCAUCAAGAUCAAGAACUGGGAGACGGGCACCGUCUACAGCGACACCCUCCACCACAGCUCCAGCAAGCUGCCGAUCUGCUCUGAAAACGUGUGCCUCGGCUCCGUGAUGAUGCCCAACCAGCACGUCCGCAAACCAGACGAGGUCCGGACCAAAGAGGAGCUUCUCCCGCUGGCCACUGACUUCAUAGACCAGUACUACACCUCCAUCAAAAGGUUUGGCUCCAAGGCCCACGUGGACCGGCUGGAGGAGGCCACCAAGGAGAUCGAAGCUUCGGGGACCUACCAGCUGAAGGACACCGAGCUGAUUUAUGGGGCCAAGCACGCCUGGAGGAACGCUGCCCGCUGCGUCGGGAGGAUCCAGUGGUCCAAGCUACAGGUGUUUGAUGCUAGAGACUGCACGACAGCUCACGGAAUGUACAACUACAUCUGCAACCACAUCAAGUACGCCACCAACAAAGGCAACCUGAGGUCGGCCAUCACCAUAUUUCCACAGAGGACAGAUGGCAAGCAUGACUUUCGGGUGUGGAACAAUCAGCUGAUUCGCUAUGCUGGCUACAGACAGCCCGAUGACCACAUCCACGGAGACCCUGCCAACGUCGAAUUCACCGAAAUCUGCAUGAAGCUCGGGUGGAAAGCGCCGAAGGGCCGCUUCGAUGUCCUGCCCCUCCUGCUGCAAGCCAGCGGGAACGACCCCGAGCUGUUUGAGAUCCCCGAAGACCUGGUCCUGGAGGUGCCGAUCACGCACCCCAAGUACGAGUGGUUCAAGGACCUGGACCUGAAGUGGUACGGUCUGCCGGCGGUCUCCAACAUGCUGCUGGAGAUCGGCGGUCUGGAGUUCACUUGCUGCCCGUUCAGCGGCUGGUACAUGGGCACAGAGAUCGGCGUGAGGGACUUCUGCGACAGCUCCCGCUACAACAUGCUGGAGGAAGUUGCCAACAGGAUGGCGUUGGACACCAGGAAGACUUCGUCCCUUUGGAAGGACCAGGCUCUGGUGGAGAUCAACAUUGCUGUUCUCUACAGUUUCCAGACGUGCAAAGUGACCAUCGUAGACCACCACUCGGCCACGGAGUCCUUCAUGAAGCACAUGGAGAACGAGUACCGGGUGCGAGGUGGCUGUCCCGGGGACUGGGUGUGGAUCGUGCCGCCCAUGUCGGGAAGCAUCACGCCGGUUUUCCACCAGGAAAUGCUCAACUACCGCCUCACCCCGUCCUUUGAGUACCAGUCUGAUCCCUGGAAUACCCACGUGUGGAAAGGACUCAAUGGAACGCCCACUAAGAAGAGAGCCAUCGGAUUCAAGAAGCUCGCCAAGGCUGUGAAGUUUUCGGCCAAGCUCAUGGGCCAGGCCAUGGCCAAACGGGUGAAGGCCACCAUACUGUUUGCCACGGAGACGGGCAAAUCGCAAGAUUAUGCCAAAACUCUCUGUGAAAUCUUCCAGCACGCGUUUGACGCGAAGGUCAUAUCGAUGGAUGAUUACGACGUGGUGGACCUGGAGCACGAGACGCUGGUGCUGAUGGUGACCAGCACGUUCGGCAACGGCGAUCCACCGGAGAAUGGCGAGAAAUUUGGAGCCGCGCUGAUGGAGAUGCGCCACCCGACGUCCAACACGGAAGACAGGAAGAGCUACAAGGUCCGUUUCAACAGCGUGUCCUCCUACUCCGACACUCGCAAGUCCUCCAGCGACGAGCCAGAGGUCAAGGUCAACUUUGAGAGCACCGGGCCGCUCGCUAAUGUCAGGUUUUCAGUGUUUGGCCUCGGCUCCAGGGCCUACCCACACUUCUGCGCCUUUGCCCACGCUGUGGACACGCUGUUUGAAGAGCUCGGGGGGGAGCGCAUCCUACGCAUGGGGGAAGGAGAUGAGCUGUGUGGCCAGGAGGAGUCAUUCAGAACCUGGGCCAAGAAGGUUUUUAAGGCCGCCUGCGACGUGUUCUGCGUCGGCGACGACGUGAACAUCGAGAAGGCCAACGACUCCUUGAUCAGCAACGACCGCAGCUGGAAGAAGAGCAAGUUCCGCAUGACGUACACGGUGGAGGCCCCGGCCCUCAUAGAAGCGUUCAACUGCGUUCACAAGAAGAAGGUCUACGGAGCGACCAUGCUAGAAUCUCAAAACCUGCAGAGUCCCAAAUCCAAUCGCUCCACCAUAUUUGUGCGCCUGCACACAAACAACCACGAGAGGUUGACCUACCAGCCCGGCGACCAUCUGGGCAUCUUCCCCGGCAACCACGAGGACCUCGUGACGGCUCUCCUGGAUAAACUGGAGGACGCCCCGCCGGUCAAUCAAAUCGUGAAAGUGGAGUUCCUGGAGGAGAGGAACACUGCCCUGGGUGUGAUCAGCAACUGGACACACGAGACCCGCAUCCCUCCCUGCACCAUCUACCAGGCCUUCCAAUACUUCUUGGACAUCACCACCCCACCGACCCCCGUGUUGCUGCAGCAGUUUGCCGCCCUGGCGACCAACGACAAGCAGAAAAAGAAACUGGAGAUCCUCAGUAAGGGCUUGCAGGAGUACGAGGAGUGGAAGUGGUACAACAACCCGACGCUGGUGGAGGUGCUGGAGGAGUUCCCCUCCAUCCAGAUGCCCUCCACCCUGCUGCUCACCCAGCUGCCCCUGCUGCAGCCCCGCUACUACUCCAUCAGCUCCUCCCCGGACCUGCACCCGGGGGAGAUCCACCUCACCGUCGCUGUGGUCUCCUACCGGGCCAGAGGUGGAGAGGGACCCAUCCACCAUGGAGUGUGUUCGUCGUGGCUCAACCGCAUAGAGAAGGGAGAGAUAGUGCCGUGUUUUGUCCGAGGUGCACAAUCGUUCCACCUGCCCAAAGACAACCAGGCGCCUUGCAUCCUGGUGGGCCCGGGAACCGGCAUCGCCCCCUUCAGAAGCUUCUGGCAGCAGAGGCUGUACGACCUCGAACACAACGGAAUCCUGUCGUGCCCCAUGGUCCUGGUGUUCGGUUGCAGGCAGUCCGAGGUGGACCACAUCUACAAGGAGGAGACCGUCCAGGCCAAGAACAAAGAGGUGUUCAAGGAGCUCUACACGGCCUAUUCCAGAGAACCCGACAAACCAAAGAAAUAUGUGCAGGACGUACUGCGCGAGCAGCUGUCGGAGAUGGUGUACCACUGCCUGAGGGAGGAGGGGGGCCACAUCUACGUGUGCGGGGACGUGACGAUGGCCGGCGACGUGCUCAAGACCGUCCAGCAGAUCAUCAAGCAGCAGGCCAACAUGACGCUGGAGGACGCCGGCUUCUUCAUCAGCAAGCUGCGGGAUGAGAACCGCUACCACGAGGACAUCUUUGGGGUCACCCUGCGCACCUACGAGGUCACCAACCGGCUCCGUUCGGAGUCCAUCGCCUACAUCGAGGAGAGCAAGAAGGAUUCGGACGAGGUCUUCUGCUCGUAAGGUUCUGCCAAUCGGCUUUCUGACAUCGACCAGUCUGGAGGACACAGCGACGCUGGUUUAAAAGAAAUACUGUGCCAAUUUUUUUACUGUACCUUUUUUUUUUUUUUUUUUUUUUAUACAACUUUAUUGUUUCUGUUUUGGCUCCGCGAUUUUUGUCUGUAGCAAGUUGGAAAUGUUGUGUUCUCUCGUUGAUGAUACUUCCGACGAGUUUAAAUUGAUCAUUUUUGAUUCAUAAUGUGUGCACCCAGUGUAAUGACCUGCCUCAUUGUGACUGCAUGACCAAGACGAGAAUAUACUCACAAAAAUAUAAUAUACUCUGUGUUAUUGUUACAGUGAAAAAAAGGCUUUCAUUGAGGUUUUGUAUCAACGAGGGAAAGUGUGACAAACUGAAUUCUGAAUACCAUUUAUGUUGCAGGAAAGAAUCACGGCUGGUCCAACGUGUUUGGGCUGUGUUUUUUUGUUUAACUUUUUAUAAUCAAAGGUUGAAGUUUCUGGGGAGUUAAAGUAAAAAAAAAAAAGAAGAUAAAAAGCACAGAUAAUCGAGAGAUGUACAGGCAUGCAAAAAGAACACCUGAAGGAGGGAGUUUUCUGCACGCAAAUUUGCCCUCAUGACAGGUCACCCUGACUUAUGAAAACAGCGACUGUGUCACAGCCCGCUUUGUGUGUGUGUGCGUGUGUGUGUGCGUGUGUCCACCCACAUCCACAGAGAUCACGUGAUCUAAAUGAACCAAGAGUGAAGACAAACAUAACUUUAAACUUGUUCAGUGCUCGAUUUAAAUGUCGGAAGGAAAUGUGUCGAAGAGUCAUUGCUAAAAGUGGGAAAUGCAACAGAAUUAUUCUACCAACGUACUAAAUAUUAACAUUUUUACAUCUUGUUUUAAGCCGUACAAAAACCAAAGUGCGAAAAAGUGAAUAUCCUAUAUUUAUAUUUUUAAAUGAGUGCGCUUCAGAGGUGAGUAUUGAGCAAAGCUAACUCUUUCCCCCGUUUCCAGUCACUGUGCUAAGCUAAGCUAGGACUUCUGUCUCCGGCGUCACAUUUAUAACCACACACAUGCACGAUUUUCCCAUCCUGUUCUGUCAAAAAUAUUCCUUUCUAAAAUUGCAUAUCUCUGCUGCAAAACACUAAGCGAUGCAAGAUAAAAAAAAUUAAAAAAAACCAUGCAUAUAGAUCUCUAUCUCCUCGGGCGCCUUGUGCGGCUCAGAUCGUAUCUGACGGCUUCUGAGCUUUGACAAUUUGCAUUAACGCCUCCGCCUCUGCACGUGCACGUGCAUUCUCUCGUGGGUCUCUCUCUCUCUAUCUCUCUCUCUCUCUGCAUGAUUGUGCGCAACCCCGCGGCUCACGCGCCGCCCUCUCACUGUGACCCGACACCUGCUCAGUAGCAUCAGCGUGUGUGUGUGUGUGUGUGUGUGCGCGUGCGCUCAGGUGUAUGUUUCUCUAGGUGCGCGCGCUCUGCUCGUCGCGCGUUACCCUUUUGUCCCACUGGUCGGAUUUUAAAAUAAGCAUGAAUUAGUCGCUGUGUGAGUCAGGCCUGAAAAUGUGCUCUUGCAGAUGGUGUUUUGGUAACGGGGGGGGGGGGGGGGGA